AUGAACGGCCUCGCCUCUCCUCCUCUUGACAUCCUCACCAGUGGGGGCACCGAGCCGGCCGGCGUCCCCAGGACCAUGAAGCCUGGCCCAGAGCCCGGCACCAGCUCUGCAGAGGCCAGGAGCAUCGCUGGGGUGUAUGCGGAGGCCUCGGGCCAGGUGCAGAGCGUCUACGCGGCCAUGAAGCAGGGCCUGCUGCCUGCCGGGCUUGGGCUAGCUCUGCUGGAGGCACAGGCGGCCACAGGGGGCCUGGUGGACCCCAGCAGGGGCCAGCUGCUCCCCGUGUCCGAAGCCCUCCGGCAGGGCCUGGUGGGGCUGGAGCUGAAGGAGAGGCUGCUGGCCGCGGAGCGCGCGGUCACCGGCUAUCCUGACCCCUACGGGGGCGGGAAGCUGGCCCUCUUCCAGGCCAUUGGGAAGGAGGUUGUGGACAGGGCCCUGGGGUGGAGCUGGCUGGAUGCCCAGCUGGCCACAGGUGGCCUCAUAGACCCUGCUCGGGGCGUCCGAGUGGCCCCGGACCUAGCCUGCCAGCAGGGCUUCCUGGACCAGGAGACGUGGCAGGGCCUGGUGGAGCCGGAGCUGCAGCCGGAGCCGGGCACCGGCGCCCCAGGCUUCCUGGAUCCCAACACCCUGGAGCGGCUGCCAUACGGCACACUGCUGAGCAGGUGUGUGCAGGCCCCUGGCUCGGGGCUGGCACUGCUGCCCCUGAGGGUCACCUUCCACACGCUGGGCAGGGCAGUGAGUGCCGGCGAGCUGCUGGAGGCGGGAAUCCUGGACCAGGAGGCGGUCCAGGGCCUGCAGGAGGGCAGGCUGGCCGUGGGGGAGGUGGGCGCCCGGCCCGAGGUGAGGCGAUACCUGGAGGGCACCGGUGGUGUGGUGGGGGUCGUCCUGCUGCCCACAGGCCACACGAAGGGCUUCUUCCAGGCUGCCUCCGAGCACCUGCUCCCUCUGGGCGCCGUGCUCCCACUCCUGGAGGCACAGGCCGCCACCUGCACCCUGGUGGACCCCGCCACGGGCCGCCAGCUGUGGGUGGAGGAGGCGGUCAGGGCAGGCCUGGUCGGCCCGGAGCUCCACCACCGGCUCCUGGCGGCAGAGCACGCGGUGACCGGCUACCACGACCCCUUCAGUGGCUCCCGAGUCUCUCUCUUCCAGGCCAUGCAGAAGGGGCUGGUGGACAGGCCGCUGGCUCUGCGCCUCCUGGACGCCCAGCUGGCCACGGGUGGGCUGGUGUGUCCGGCCCGCAGACUCCGGCUGCCCCUGGAGGCCGCCCUGCGCUGUGGUUGUCUGGACGAGGAGACACGGCGGCACCUCCCGCAGGCCGCUGGCUUCUCAGACCCCUGCACGCACGACAGCCUGAGCUACGGGCAGCUGCUGGCCCGCUGCGUCACCGACCCCGAGACGGGGCUGGCCUUCCUGCCCCUCUCGGGGGAGCCCCGUGGAGAAGAGUCCCCCGCACGCCCGUUUCUCGAGCACCGCACGCGGCAGGCCCUGAGCACGGCCAGCACCGAGGUGUCCGUGGGGAAGCUCCGGGGCCGGCCCGUGUCCCUCUGGGAGCUGCUCUUCUCCGAGGCCGUCUCCGCAGAGCAGAGGGUAUCGCUGACCCAGCGGUACCAGGCAGGGGCCCUCUCCAUGGAGGAGCUGGCGGCCGAGCUGAAGGCCGGCGCCGAGCAGGCCGCCGCCAGGGUCACCUUCGCCGGGCUGCGGGACGCCGUGACCCCGGGGGACCUGCUGACGGCCGAGAUCAUCAGCCGGGACCUGUAUGAGCAGCUGCAGCGGGGGCAGACCACGGCCCAGGCGGUGGGCAGCCUGGACUCGGUGCGGAGGUACCUGCAGGGCACCGGCUGCAUCGCUGGCCUGCUGCUGCCCAGCACCCAGGAGCGGCUCAGCAUCUACGAGGCCCGCGGCAGGGGGCUCCUCAGGCCGGGUACUGCCCUCGUCCUCCUGGAGGCACAGGCAGCCACCGGCUUUGUCAUCGAGCCGAAAGAAAACAAGAGGUACUCCGUGGAGGAGGCGCUAAGGGCCGGCGUCAUCGGGCCCGACGUGUUCGCCAAGCUGCUGUCGGCCGAGCGCGCCGUCACGGGCUACACCGACCCCUACACGGGCGAGCAGAUCUCGCUCUUCCAGGCCAUGCAGAAGGACCUGAUCGUGCGUGACCACGGCAUCCGGCUGCUGGAGGCGCAGAUCGCCACGGGCGGCAUCGUUGACCCGGUGCACAGCCACCGCCUGCCGGUGGGCGUGGCCUACGAGCGCGGCUACUUCGACGAGGAGAUGAACUCUGUCCUGCUGGACCCGGACGACGACACCAAGGGCUUCUUCGACCCCAACACGCACGAGAACCUCACCUACCUGCAGCUGCUGGAGCGCUGCGUGGAGGACCCCGAGACGGGCCUGCGCCUGCUGCCGCUCAGCGGCCGGCAGCCCCAGCUGGUGGACGGGGCCACCCGGCAGGCCCUCCAGAGCCUGCUGCUGCCCAUGAAGCACGGGCGCUUCCAGGGGCGGGCGGUGUCUGCCUGGGAGCUCGUCAACUCGGAGCUCUUCAGUGAGGCCCGGCGGCGGCAGCUGCUGCGGCAGUACCGGCUGCGCAGGCUCACGCUGCAGCAGGUGGCACGGCUGCUGGAGACGGAGGCGCGGCGCUGGGCGGGCGUCACUCUGCCUGCGCUGCGGGGCCAGGUCCCCGCCCACCAGCUGCUGGAGGCCGGCGUCAUCGACGAGGAGCUCCUGGACCAGGUGCUGGAGGGGGCGGUCAGCCCCGAGGCCCUGCUCCGCGUGGACAGUGUGCGCAGGUGCCUGCGGGGCUCGGGCGUCGUGGGGGGCGUGCUGCUGCAGCCCUCCGGCCGGCACCUCAGCCUGUACCAGGCCAUGGAGCAGAAGCUCCUGGCGCCCAGUGUGGCCCUGCCCUUGCUGGAGGCCCAGGCGGCCACGGGGGCUGUCAGGGACCCCUGCAGCCGGGAGAGCCUGUCAGUGGACGAGGCUGUGCGCAGGGGGGUGGUGGGGCCUGAGCUGUACGGCAGGCUGAGGUGGGCCGAGGACGCCAUCGUCGGCUUCAGGGACCCCUUCUCUGGCAAGCGGGUGUCCCUGUUCCAGGCCAUGAAGAAGGGCCUCGUCCCCGUGGAGCAGGCCACCCGCCUCCUGGAGGCCCAGGUGGCCACGGGGGGCGUCGUCGACCCCAGAGGCCACCACCACCUACCCCUGCCCGUGGCCGUCCAGCGCGGCUGCAUCGAUGAGGAGACCGGCACGGCCCUGUCCGGCUCACCUGAGACCUUCCCCACCGCAGACGGCCAAGGCCGGACCAGCUACGCCCAGCUGCUGGAACAGUGCUUGCCGGACGAGGCCUCCGGCCUGCACCUGCUGCCGCUGCUGGAGGGUGCGCCCGCCCUCCCCAGUGACGCGCAGCUGCAGGAGACCCUGCGGGCCACGCCGGGGACGGAGGACGGCCGCUCCCUCUGGGACCUCCUGAGCUCGUGCCACUUCACCGAGGAGCAGCGCAGGGCCCUGCUGGAGGACGUGCGGGUGGGGCGGACCCCCGUGCCGCAGCUGCAGGCCACCGUGCGCAGCUGGGUGCAGGGGGCAGAGCUCCUGGCCCACACCCAUGUCGCGCUGCCCGGCCCGCGGGGCGAGGUCCCUGCCGCCUGGCUGCGGGACGCCGAGGUCAUCACCCAGGAGACCCUGGAGGCGCUGGCACGGGGCACACAGUCGCCCUCGGAGGUGGCCGAGCAGCCUGCCAUGCGGGCCUGCCUGUGGGGCACAGGCUGUGUGGCCGGCGUGCGGCUGCAGCCCUCAGGGGCCAAGGCCAGCAUCGCCCAGGCUGUGAGGGACGGGCUCCUGCCCCCGGGCCUGGGCCAGAGGCUACUGGAGGCCCAGGUGGCAUCCGGCUCCCUCGUGGACCCCGAGACUAACCAGAGACUGUCGGUGGACAAUGCAGUGAGGGCCGGCCUCGUGGACAGGGAGAUGAGCGAGCGGCUCAGGCAGGCCGAGCAGGCUGUGGCUGGGUACGCGGACCCCUACUCCGGGGGCACCCUGUCCCUGUGGCAGGCCAUGGAGAAGGGGCUCGUGCCCCAGAGCGAGGGCCUCCCUCUCCUGCAGGUGCAGCUGGCCACGGGGGGCGUGAUGGACACCGUCCACGGGGUGCACCUGCCCCUGGCAGGGGCCUGCAAACUGGGCCUCGUGGAUGAGCAGACGCAUCGGGAACUGACUGCCACGGACGAGGGCAGAAAGUUCUUCUUUGACCCCAACACCCGGGCCGAGGUGACGUACCAGCAGCUCAAGGAGCGGUGCGAGCUGGAUGCUGACACCGGCCUGUGGCUGCUGCCGCUCCCCCAGGCCGCCGCUCUGGAGGUGGACGAGCACACCGCCGUGGCGCUGAGGGCCAUGAAGGUGGCCGUCAGCCUGGGGAGGUUCCAGGGGCACAGCGUCUCGCUCUGGGACCUGCUGCACUCCGAGUACGUGGGCGCCGACAGGCGGCGGGAGCUGGCCGCCCUCUGUCGGUCCGGCCGGGCAGCAGCCCUGCGGCAGGUGGUCAGCGCGGUCACGGCCCUGGUGGAGGCCGCGGAGAAGCAGCCCCAGGAGGCCACCUUCAGGGGGCUCCGGAAGCAGGUGUCGGCCAGGGACCUGUUCAGGUCCCAGCUGAUCGAUAAGAAGACGCUGGACGAGCUGAAGGAGGGGAAGAAGACGGUGCAGGAGGUGACCCAGAUGCGCAGCGUGCGGCAGUCCCUGGAAGGUGGCAACUUCAUUGCCGGGGUCCUCAUCCAGAGCACCAGGGAGAAGCUGAGCAUCCCCGAGGCCCUGAGGCGGCACAUCCUGCGGCCCGGCACGGCCCUGGUGCUGCUGGAGGCGCAGGCGGCCACCGGCUUCAUCAUCGACCCCGUGGAGAACCGGAAGCUGACCGUGGAGCAGGCCUUCGAAGCGGGGAUGUUCGGCAGGGAAACCUACAUGAAGCUGCUGUCGGCCGAGCGCGCCGUCACGGGCUACACCGACCCCUACACGGGCGAGCAGAUCUCGCUCUUCCAGGCCAUGCAGAAGGACCUGAUCGUGCGCGACCACGGCAUCCGGCUGCUGGAGGCGCAGAUCGCCACGGGCGGCAUCAUCGACCCCGUGCACAGCCACCGCCUGCCGGUGGGCGUGGCCUACGAGCGCGGCUACUUCGACGAGGAGAUGAACCGCGUGCUGCAGGACCCGAGCGACGACACCAAGGGCUUCUUCGACCCCAACACGCACGAGAACCUCACCUACCUGCAGCUGCUGGAGCGCUGCGUGCCCGACCCCGACACGGGCCUGCACCUGCUACAAAUCGUGAAGAAGGGAGAAACCUACUCCUACAUCGACGAGGCCACCAGGCGGGCUCUGCUGUCCCGAACGCUGCCGGUGCGUGUGGGCAGGUUUGCCGGCCAGACUCUGUCCUUCUGGGACCUGCUGUCCUCUGUGUACUUCUCCGAGGAGAGGAAGCGGGAACUUGUGCAGCAGUACCGGGCCCAGAGCCUGAGCCUGGAACAGCUGCUGGAGAUCAUCACCGCCGCCGUAGAGGAGACGGAGACACAGAGCCAAGGAAUCACGGUGGCAGCCCCGGGGGGGCAGGUGACGGCGGCAGAAUUAUUCAACGCCGGCAUCAUCGACAAAAAGACCCUGGACACACUUCGCAGUGGGGAGAGCGGCGAGCAGGCCCUCAGCAGCCUGGAGGGCGUGAAGACCUUCCUGGAGGGCCGCGGCUGCAUUGCCGGGGUCACCGUCCCCACCACCCAGGCCGUCUUGAGCUUCCAUGACGCCAGCAGGAAAGAGCUCAUCCCUGCAGGCAUCGCGGCUCAGCUGCUGGAGGCCCAGGCCGCCACCGGGUUCCUGCUGGACCCCUGCACCCACCAGAGGCUCUCCGUGGACGAGGCCCUGGCUGCCGGCCUGGUAGCACAGGAAUUGCGGGAGAGCCUCCUGAACGCCGAGCAGGCCGCCAAAGGCUACGUGGACCCGGAUACCGGGGACACCAUCCCCCUGUUCCAGGCCAUGAAGAAGCAGCUCGUGCAGAAGGAGGAAGCCCUGAGGCUGCUGGAGGUGCAGCUGGCCACAGGGGGUGUCCUGGACCCUCUGCACCACCACCGGCUCCCGCUGGACACGGCCUACAGGCGCGGCUGCCUGCAAGAGGACGUGUACCCGCUGGUGGCAGACCAGAAGCGCAUGAAGAAGAGGUUUCUGGACCCCAACACGCAGGAGAAAGUCACAUACCAGGAGCUGCAGGAGCGGUGCCGGACCCAGCAGGAGACAGGCUGGGCGCUGUUCCCUGUGGUCCAGGGCCCAGAGCACGCUGAGUACGUGGACGAGGCAACCAGGAGGGCUCUGCAGGAGGAGCAGGUGCACAUCACGGUGGGAAAGUACAGAGGCCAGAGGCGCUCCGUGUGGGAGCUGCUGAACUCGGAGUACGUGACCGAGGAGAGGAAGCGGGAGCUGGUGCGGCUGUACAGGACCCACACCGCCGAGGCGCUGGGCAGGGUCAGGGAUGCCGUUCUGCAGCUGAUCGAGGAGAAGGAGGCGGGCAGCCAGCAGCUGUGGUUCACAGGCAUCAGGAAGCAGGUCACAGCCGCCGAGCUUCUGCAGGCAGCCGUGAUCAGCCAAGAGACGCUGCAGGAGCUGCAGGCCGGCACGCGCACCGUGCAGCAGCUGCAGGACAGCGAGGCCGUGCGGCGCUACCUGCAGGGCACCGGCUGCAUCGCGGGCGUCCUGCUGCCGCCGUCCGGGGCCCGGCCCGGCGCCCCGCAGAAGAUGAGCAUCUACCAGGCCAUGCGCCAGGGCGUGCUGCGGCCCGGCACCGCCCUGGUGCUGCUGGAGGCGCAGGCGGCCACCGGCUUCGUCGUGGACCCGGCGCGCGACCGCAGGCUGUCGGUGGAGGAGGCGGUGGCCGAGGGCGUGGUGGGCGGCGAGCUGCGGGAGAAGCUGCUGUCGGCCGAGCGCGCCGUCACGGGCUACACCGACCCCUACACGGGCGAGCAGAUCUCGCUCUUCCAGGCCAUGCAGAGGGACCUGAUCGUGCGCGACCACGGCAUCCGGCUGCUGGAGGCGCAGAUCGCCACGGGCGGCAUCAUCGACCCCGUGCACAGCCACCGCCUGCCGGUGGGCGUGGCCUACGAGCGCGGCUACUUCGACGAGGACCUGAGCCGCGUGCUGGGGGACCCGGACGACGACACCAAGGGCUUCUUCGACCCCAACACGCACGAGAACCUCACCUACCUGCAGCUGCUGCGCCGCUGCGUGCCCGACCCCGACACCGGGCUGUACAUGCUGCAGCUGGCCGCCCGGGGCUCGGCCGUGCACCAGCUGAGCGAGGAGCUGCGCGCCGCCCUGCGCGACGCGCGCGUGACGCCCGCCGCGGGCGCCCUGCGCGGCCAGAGCCUGUCCGUGUGGGAGCUCCUGUUCUACCGCGAGGUGCCCGAGAGCCUGCGGCAGGACCUGCUGCGCAGGUACCAGGCGGGCGCGCUCACGGCGCAGGAGGUGGGCUCGGCGCUCAGCUCUCUGCCGGCCGGGCCCGACGCCGGGGGCCCCGGCUCGGACCCUCGCGGCGCCCUGCGAGCGGCCACCAUGGAGGUGAAGGUGGGCCGCCUGCGGGGGCCCGCGGUGCCCGUGCUGGACGUGUUGGAGUCCAGCUACGUGAGCGCGGCCGUGCGUGAGCACCUGAUGGCCCAGUUCGGCUCGGGGGCGCUGGCCUUGCCCGCGCUGACCCGCAGGCUGACCACCAUCAUCGAGGAGGCCGAGGAGGAGCCGGUGGGCGGCGGCGAGGGCGGCGAGGGCGGCGAGGGCGGCGAGGGCGGCUCGGGGCCUCCGGCCUCGCCCCCCAGCCGCAGCGGCCAGGAACAGACCCUGCGCGCGGCCACCAUGGAGCUGCAGCGCGGGCAGUUCCGGGGCCGGCAGGUGUCCGUGUGGGAGGUGCUGUUCUCCGCCUACGUGAGCGAGGCCCGGCGGCGGGAGCUGCUGGCGCAGCACGCGGCCGGCACCCUGGGCCUGCCCGACCUGGUGGCCGCGCUGGUGCGGGCGGUGGAGGAGGCGGAGGAGCGGCUCAGCAAGGUGUCCUUCCGCGGGCUGCGGCGCCAGGUGUCCGCCGCCGAGCUGCGCGCCUCCGGCAUCCUGGGCGCCGACACGCUGCGGGAGCUGGCGCAGGGCACCAAGACCCCGCAGGAGGUGACGGAGAUGGAUUCGGUCAGGCGCUACCUGCAGGGCACCGGCUGCAUCGCGGGCGUCCUGCUGCCGCCGUCCGGGGCCCGGCCCGGCGCCCCGCAGAAGAUGAGCAUCUACCAGGCCAUGCGCCAGGGCGUGCUGCGGCCCGGCACCGCCCUGGUGCUGCUGGAGGCGCAGGCGGCCACCGGCUUCGUCGUGGACCCGGCGCGCGACCGCAGGCUGUCGGUGGAGGAGGCGGUGGCCGAGGGCGUGGUGGGCGGCGAGCUGCGGGAGAAGCUGCUGUCGGCCGAGCGCGCCGUCACGGGCUACACCGACCCCUACACGGGCGAGCAGAUCUCGCUCUUCCAGGCCAUGCAGAGGGGCCUGAUCGUGCGCGACCACGGCAUCCGGCUGCUGGAGGCGCAGAUCGCCACGGGCGGCAUCAUCGACCCCGUGCACAGCCACCGCCUGCCGGUGGGCGUGGCCUACGAGCGCGGCUACUUCGACGAGGACCUGAGCCGCGUGCUGGGGGACCCGGACGACGACACCAAGGGCUUCUUCGACCCCAACACGCACGAGAACCUCACCUACCUGCAGCUGCUGCGCCGCUGCGUGCCCGACCCCGACACCGGGCUGUACAUGCUGCAGCUGGCCGCCCGGGGCUCGGCCGUGCACCAGCUGAGCGAGGAGCUGCGCGCCGCCCUGCGCGACGCGCGCGUGACGCCCGCCGCGGGCGCCCUGCGCGGCCAGAGCCUGUCCGUGUGGGAGCUCCUGUUCUACCGCGAGGUGCCCGAGAGCCUGCGGCAGGACCUGCUGCGCAGGUACCAGGCGGGCGCGCUCACGGCGCAGGAGGUGGGCUCGGCGCUCAGCUCUCUGCCGGCCGGGCCCGACGCCGGGGGCCCCGGCUCGGACCCUCGCGGCGCCCUGCGAGCGGCCACCAUGGAGGUGAAGGUGGGCCGCCUGCGGGGGCCCGCGGUGCCCGUGCUGGACGUGUUGGAGUCCAGCUACGUGAGCGCGGCCGUGCGUGAGCACCUGAUGGCCCAGUUCGGCUCGGGGGCGCUGGCCUUGCCCGCGCUGACCCGCAGGCUGACCACCAUCAUCGAGGAGGCCGAGGAGGAGCCGGUGGGCGGCGGCGAGGGCGGCGAGGGCGGCGAGGGCGGCGAGGGCGGCUCGGGGCCUCCGGCCUCGCCCCCCAGCCGCAGCGGCCAGGAACAGACCCUGCGCGCGGCCACCAUGGAGCUGCAGCGCGGGCAGUUCCGGGGCCGGCAGGUGUCCGUGUGGGAGGUGCUGUUCUCCGCCUACGUGAGCGAGGCCCGGCGGCGGGAGCUGCUGGCGCAGCACGCGGCCGGCACCCUGGGCCUGCCCGACCUGGUGGCCGCGCUGGUGCGGGCGGUGGAGGAGGCGGAGGAGCGGCUCAGCAAGGUGUCCUUCCGCGGGCUGCGGCGCCAGGUGUCCGCCGCCGAGCUGCGCGCCUCCGGCAUCCUGGGCGCCGACACGCUGCGGGAGCUGGCGCAGGGCACCAAGACCCCGCAGGAGGUGACGGAGAUGGAUUCGGUCAGGCGCUACCUGCAGGGCACCGGCUGCAUCGCGGGCGUCCUGCUGCCGCCGUCCGGGGCCCGGCCCGGCGCCCCGCAGAAGAUGAGCAUCUACCAGGCCAUGCGCCAGGGCGUGCUGCGGCCCGGCACCGCCCUGGUGCUGCUGGAGGCGCAGGCGGCCACCGGCUUCGUCGUGGACCCGGCGCGCGACCGCAGGCUGUCGGUGGAGGAGGCGGUGGCCGAGGGCGUGGUGGGCGGCGAGCUGCGGGAGAAGCUGCUGUCGGCCGAGCGCGCCGUCACGGGCUACACCGACCCCUACACGGGCGAGCAGAUCUCGCUCUUCCAGGCCAUGCAGAGGGGCCUGAUCGUGCGCGACCACGGCAUCCGGCUGCUGGAGGCGCAGAUCGCCACGGGCGGCAUCAUCGACCCCGUGCACAGCCACCGCCUGCCGGUGGGCGUGGCCUACGAGCGCGGCUACUUCGACGAGGACCUGAGCCGCGUGCUGGGGGACCCGGACGACGACACCAAGGGCUUCUUCGACCCCAACACGCACGAGAACCUCACCUACCUGCAGCUGCUGCGCCGCUGCGUGCCCGACCCCGACACCGGGCUGUACAUGCUGCAGCUGGCCGCCCGGGGCUCGGCCGUGCACCAGCUGAGCGAGGAGCUGCGCGCCGCCCUGCGCGACGCGCGCGUGACGCCCGCCGCGGGCGCCCUGCGCGGCCAGAGCCUGUCCGUGUGGGAGCUCCUGUUCUACCGCGAGGUGCCCGAGAGCCUGCGGCAGGACCUGCUGCGCAGGUACCAGGCGGGCGCGCUCACGGCGCAGGAGGUGGGCUCGGCGCUCAGCUCUCUGCCGGCCGGGCCCGACGCCGGGGGCCCCGGCUCGGACCCUCGCGGCGCCCUGCGAGCGGCCACCAUGGAGGUGAAGGUGGGCCGCCUGCGGGGGCCCGCGGUGCCCGUGCUGGACGUGUUGGAGUCCAGCUACGUGAGCGCGGCCGUGCGUGAGCACCUGAUGGCCCAGUUCGGCUCGGGGGCGCUGGCCUUGCCCGCGCUGACCCGCAGGCUGACCACCAUCAUCGAGGAGGCCGAGGAGGAGCCGGUGGGCGGCGGCGAGGGCGGCGAGGGCGGCGAGGGCGGCGAGGGCGGCUCGGGGCCUCCGGCCUCGCCCCCCAGCCGCAGCGGCCAGGAACAGACCCUGCGCGCGGCCACCAUGGAGCUGCAGCGCGGGCAGUUCCGGGGCCGGCAGGUGUCCGUGUGGGAGGUGCUGUUCUCCGCCUACGUGAGCGAGGCCCGGCGGCGGGAGCUGCUGGCGCAGCACGCGGCCGGCACCCUGGGCCUGCCCGACCUGGUGGCCGCGCUGGUGCGGGCGGUGGAGGAGGCGGAGGAGCGGCUCAGCAAGGUGUCCUUCCGCGGGCUGCGGCGCCAGGUGUCCGCCGCCGAGCUGCGCGCCUCCGGCAUCCUGGGCGCCGACACGCUGCGGGAGCUGGCGCAGGGCACCAAGACCCCGCAGGAGGUGACGGAGAUGGAUUCGGUCAGGCGCUACCUGCAGGGCACCGGCUGCAUCGCGGGCGUCCUGCUGCCGCCGUCCGGGGCCCGGCCCGGCGCCCCGCAGAAGAUGAGCAUCUACCAGGCCAUGCGCCAGGGCGUGCUGCGGCCCGGCACCGCCCUGGUGCUGCUGGAGGCGCAGGCGGCCACCGGCUUCGUCGUGGACCCGGCGCGCGACCGCAGGCUGUCGGUGGAGGAGGCGGUGGCCGAGGGCGUGGUGGGCGGCGAGCUGCGGGAGAAGCUGCUGUCGGCCGAGCGCGCCGUCACGGGCUACACCGACCCCUACACGGGCGAGCAGAUCUCGCUCUUCCAGGCCAUGCAGAGGGACCUGAUCGUGCGCGACCACGGCAUCCGGCUGCUGGAGGCGCAGAUCGCCACGGGCGGCAUCAUCGACCCCGUGCACAGCCACCGCCUGCCGGUGGGCGUGGCCUACGAGCGCGGCUACUUCGACGAGGACCUGAGCCGCGUGCUGGGGGACCCGGACGACGACACCAAGGGCUUCUUCGACCCCAACACGCACGAGAACCUCACCUACCUGCAGCUGCUGCGCCGCUGCGUGCCCGACCCCGACACCGGGCUGUACAUGCUGCAGCUGGCCGCCCGGGGCUCGGCCGUGCACCAGCUGAGCGAGGAGCUGCGCGCCGCCCUGCGCGACGCGCGCGUGACGCCCGCCGCGGGCGCCCUGCGCGGCCAGAGCCUGUCCGUGUGGGAGCUCCUGUUCUACCGCGAGGUGCCCGAGAGCCUGCGGCAGGACCUGCUGCGCAGGUACCAGGCGGGCGCGCUCACGGCGCAGGAGGUGGGCUCGGCGCUCAGCUCUCUGCCGGCCGGGCCCGACGCCGGGGGCCCCGGCUCGGACCCUCGCGGCGCCCUGCGAGCGGCCACCAUGGAGGUGAAGGUGGGCCGCCUGCGGGGGCCCGCGGUGCCCGUGCUGGACGUGUUGGAGUCCAGCUACGUGAGCGCGGCCGUGCGUGAGCACCUGAUGGCCCAGUUCGGCUCGGGGGCGCUGGCCUUGCCCGCGCUGACCCGCAGGCUGACCACCAUCAUCGAGGAGGCCGAGGAGGAGCCGGUGGGCGGCGGCGAGGGCGGCGAGGGCGGCGAGGGCGGCGAGGGCGGCUCGGGGCCUCCGGCCUCGCCCCCCAGCCGCAGCGGCCAGGAACAGACCCUGCGCGCGGCCACCAUGGAGCUGCAGCGCGGGCAGUUCCGGGGCCGGCAGGUGUCCGUGUGGGAGGUGCUGUUCUCCGCCUACGUGAGCGAGGCCCGGCGGCGGGAGCUGCUGGCGCAGCACGCGGCCGGCACCCUGGGCCUGCCCGACCUGGUGGCCGCGCUGGUGCGGGCGGUGGAGGAGGCGGAGGAGCGGCUCAGCAAGGUGUCCUUCCGCGGGCUGCGGCGCCAGGUGUCCGCCGCCGAGCUGCGCGCCUCCGGCAUCCUGGGCGCCGACACGCUGCGGGAGCUGGCGCAGGGCACCAAGACCCCGCAGGAGGUGACGGAGAUGCACUCGGUCAGGCGCUACCUGCAGGGCACCGGCUGCAUCGCGGGCGUCCUGCUGCCGCCGUCCGGGGCCCGGCCCGGCGCCCCGCAGAAGAUGAGCAUCUACCAGGCCAUGCGCCAGGGCGUGCUGCGGCCCGGCACCGCCCUGGUGCUGCUGGAGGCGCAGGCGGCCACCGGCUUCGUCGUGGACCCGGCGCGCGACCGCAGGCUGUCGGUGGAGGAGGCGGUGGCCGAGGGCGUGGUGGGCGGCGAGCUGCGGGAGAAGCUGCUGUCGGCCGAGCGCGCCGUCACGGGCUACACCGACCCCUACACGGGCGAGCAGAUCUCGCUCUUCCAGGCCAUGCAGAGGGACCUGAUCGUGCGCGACCACGGCAUCCGGCUGCUGGAGGCGCAGAUCGCCACGGGCGGCAUCAUCGACCCCGUGCACAGCCACCGCCUGCCGGUGGGCGUGGCCUACGAGCGCGGCUACUUCGACGAGGAGAUGAACCGCGUGCUGCAGGACCCGAGCGACGACACCAAGGGCUUCUUCGACCCCAACACGCACGAGAACCUCACCUACCUGCAGCUGCUGGAGCGCUGCGUGCCCGACCCUGACACCGGGCUUCUGUUUCUGGCCCUCACCCUGGUGUGA